UCGCUCCUUCUCCACUGAAUGCCUCAAGAAGCUGCCCCUCCAAUGCCUCCAUGCCUCCAUGCCUCCAUACCUCCAUGCCUCCGUGCCUCCAUGCCUCCAUGCUCUGCCAAACCAAACGGCUGCUGCCUUUCUCUUUGCUCCUGCCUCCUGUACAGCCCAGCCCAGCCCGGGGAAGUCUUGCCCUUGCCUUGCCCUGCUCUUGCCUUGCUCUUGCCUUGCUAAGCAACAAUGAGGGCCGUGGGACUGUAGGACAGAAUAUCACCCAUCUCAUCUCAUCCAUCCCAAACCUGACCCAGAAGAUGCCUUUAUCUGGCACAAAAUGGUCUGACGAUUACCAUCCCCGAUUUGUUGUCACUGCUUCCUUUUGCUCCCUUCACCGGGUUAUAUCCUCCCCUUCCCUUCUCAGCCUGCCAGGCGGCUGAAAUGCUGACCUGGCUUCUCGAGUGAUGAAAUUCCGACUAUUGUGUUUUCUCCAGGGGUAGUACAAGUACAUCUAAAAGCAUGCCCAAAGACUGGCUUCGCCACAAGGCUGCCAUCGCACGUCUGUAUAUUGAUGAGGGUCGAACGUUGAAGGAAGUCCAGGAGAUUCUCCACCAACAGUAUGGAUUUCAAGCUUCGUAUGUUUGGUCUCAUUUUGCCGAAUUUAUGACAAACCAUGGUUCUAAUGUUUACCAGGACGAGAGCAUACCGCAUGAGAAUCGAUGAAUGGGCACUGAGAAAAUACAAACCCAGAGAGGAUUUUCCCGAAGCAGAAGAGAGCUUCACCGUGCCACCAAAAACAAGCCCCGACAUGAAAGUGGGUUCAAUAGUGACUCCAUUGCCGCCCGAUGCUCUUUCCAAUUUUCAAAUAAUGCCAACAGGGCUUGUUCCAAUGCCACCUUCUAUCUUUCAACCAAAACCAACGACCGAUCUCAAUCAUGUGCUACAGCCAGCAUCACACAAUACGAUUCCACCGGAAGGUCCAAUGACAUCCACCGAAAUGUUAGCCUUCAUAGAGGAUCUCCCACAAAAUCCGCAGGCGCUUGAACAUUUACUCACGAAAUGGCAAGCCGGGGGGUCGUACGUCCGCGUUCUGAGACUUCUUCUCAAGACUCCAUCAUAUUGCGAAUGGACUUUCUGUCCCCAAACCCGCCGGCCGCAACUUUUCAAACUAAUGGAAAUAUAUGUACCACCAAAUGAACAACUCGAAGUCGGCAAAUUGCUCUUAAAUAGUCUCUGCUUGACUGGUAGAACUAGAAAUUCACAAGCCCCAACCUGGUUGAUAUUGUGGAAUAACGCGUGCCACUGCAAUGAUUGGGAGGGUGUCCAAAAUCUGCUGUAUGACAACGCUUCGCAAGACGCUGGUGAACUGUUCGUCACAGCGGCUCUAGUGGUUUGCGCUGAGCGUAUCUUACAACAAAUUCACAAGCGAUUGAGGGCUCUAGCGAUGCCAGAGGCUUUGAACAACGAAUGUCAGCGCUUCGAAGCCGAUCAACUAAGACAGAAUUAUCUCAACAUUCUAGAAGGGUGUCGAGAUAAAAAUCUCGAUCUUCGACCAUCGCUUUACAAACAAUCCUUGGAGGUUAUCGAACGAGAUGAGUUUGACGACGACGACCAACGGACCUUACGGCGUCUGACGCUCGCAGAUGAAUGUCGGCACAAAUAUCUCCUCAUGACAAACGACGAACCAAUGGAUUGCCACAACGGAUUCGAUGAAAAUGCAGGCGAUAUCGUGGAGAAAGGAUGGACUGAGGAAGCUAACAUAAUUGUCCUCAAUAACGAACAUUUUGUAGAGCCUAUCCCCUCGAUUGAAAGCGACUCUCCGAGUCCUGAUUUCAGUCCCUUGCCCCACGAUUUCUGGAUUCAAACCGCCCCUCAAUCUCUUCCAACCCCGGCAGCAGAUCCAAUCAGCUCAGCACAAACAAUUGUAGCCGAUUUGAUGGAAAGGUUCAAGUAUCUUCGAGGCUUCAAACUUCAAGUCCGGUCCAUUUUGAUUGGAAACCAUUGGGAAUUCUUCUUCUUUGAUCGGAAGUCCCAAUCCCCGCCGCAGGAGAACUUGUUUGACGAGAUUGUACAAUAUAUCCCGGAAUUCGAACAAAUUUCUUUGAUGAAAGCAAUUCUAUUAGCAUGUUCGACGAUUUCCCCACGACAAAUCGAGCCCGCACUGUCUUGGUUCCUUCAAACGGCUCACUCGAAGAAAUGGGCAGAUUUUCGGGAUCUGGUUCAGCAAGCAUAUGUCGACAAAUACCUCGCGCCUAACAUGUCGUCACAAGCUGUAAAGCAAGUUGUUGAUUCAAUGACUCUCCUUGUUGGGGAACGAAUGUUGAAAGAUCUGAAGAUCCUUUUGAUGAAGAAUCCAGGCUCAAAAGCGAGAGGGAAGGAGAUGGAAUCGUAUAAGAGCACGAAUAAAACUUACAUGGCUAUCUUGAUGGAGUUCCGGUCGAGAGGGUUGGACUUUGAUCAAUCCUGGUUGAGUUUUGCAUUGGAUACCAUGUGAAUUUGGGACUAGGAUCCAGCCAUAUUGGGGAUGGCAGGGCCAGGGUAUGAAAAUGGAUAUGAAUUGGAAUAGAAAAUCUGAAAAUGGAUUGGGACGCACUAUGCGAAGGGAUUAAGGAAGGAGGUUUCGUCUGUUUUGAUCUCCGAUGUCAGUAUCCGCUGCGUGGAGAAUAUGCAUCUAAAUACGCUCGUUGGAUGGCUGGCUGUUGGGAGUUCUUUCAAAAUGGGUGGUUGGGAUGUACAUCAUUUGGUUAUGGGGAAGUCGAGAUACCUUUGCUAUUCAGUUACUUCUUUCAAAUUUUCAUACUUGGGAUUAUCACACAAUGGAGGGAUCUAAAGAGACCUUGACGCCUGCUACAAUCUGUUUAUGUUACUGCAGUCAGUCAACUUUUCGCUUUCAGUCUUUGAGUAUUCUCAUGUUGGUACGGCACUCUGACUGUUUGACCCCUCUGGAACAUGACAUGGGCUUCAUUUAAGAGCUACAAACGUAUAAUUGGGCGGGUCAGAUUACUUCGUCUGGUAGUUUGGUAUUUACCUUGAACUAGGCAAGUGCCUAUAUCGAGUCUCGACUUCAAAAGAAUAAAAACUUGGCAAUGCAGCAAAAAAAGACUCUCUCUCCUCAACUUCAAAAUAUCACGUUCCUUAUUCACAACACAGAGAAUAUGUCCUCGAACCUCGGCCCUGCAAAGUCCUCAUACCAUACCAAGCGAAACACAACAUGAGCAUUACAUCACAUUACAGUACAUAUCCCAUACCGCAUAUUCCCACAAAGAACAUUUCCUACCUCGUUUAUGAAUACGCACGCGGUAUGCAUGCGAAAGAAGAAAGCAAAAGAACUUCCAGAACGGCCCUAUUGCAUGAACGAGGCGUUUUUUGGGGGGGCUGUUAAUUUACCAAAUAAAACAUGCCCGUUGAUGAAGAAA